AUGGUUAGUACACAUUGUGUUAUUCAUCGGCAAGCUUUGGCUUCCAAAACAUUGCCACAGAAAUCACGCCAGACUUUGGACUCGGCUAUAAGGAUUGUAAACUACAUCAAGAGCAGCGCUUUAAACAGUCGGUUAUUUACUUUACUUUGCGAGGAUCUCGAUUCUGAUCACAAAGCUCUUCUGUUCAAUACAAAAGUACGCUGGCUGUCCAAAGGCAACAUGUUGGUUCGCGUGUAUGGCUUAAAAUAA